UUCUCUCUUCCAUAGAAAAAGUAUUUCACUUUCUGGCUCUCGCUCGAGCUCGCUAGGUAUUGGCGUGUAAGAACCAGAGAACAAGACCUAAAACAUGUCCGACAUGUACGGUCCCGGUGGCGACGAAUCUGGGCUUCCGUCCAGAGGUAGUGGCGGUGGUUAUGGCUCCGGCGCUGGUGGUGGUGGUGGCGGAGGCUACGGAGGUGGAGGUGGAGGUGGUGCUGGUGGCUAUGGGGGAAGCAGCGGUGGCGGCUAUGGGGGUAGUGGCGGUACCGGAGGAUACGGCGGAGGCGGCCGUGGCGGUACCGGAAGUUAUGGCGGCGGUGGAGGGGGCUACGGUGGUGGAGGAUAUGGUGGCAAUUCUCAGAAUCGAGGUGGCGGUGGUGGUGGUGGAUACCAAGGAGGAGAUCGUGGCGGUGGUGGUGGAUACCAAGGAGGAGAUCGUGGCGGCCGAGGUGGUGGUGGUAACAGGGGCGGGGGGCGUGGCGGCAGCGGUAGAGAAGGGGAUUGGAAUUGCCCUAAUCCAAGCUGUGGGAAUCUGAACUUUGCAAGAAGGACUGAAUGUAAUAAAUGUGGUGCCCCUAGUCCCGGGGGAGCAGGCGAUCAAGGCAGUGGAGGUGGGGGUUUCAACAGAGGAGGUGGUGGUGGUGGGGGAUAUGGUGGGAACCGGGGUGGUAGAAGCUGUAAUUACAGUGGUGGAAGUGGCGGAGGUGGAAGAGGUAGCGACGGCAGAGGUGGUAAUCAAGGACGGGAAGAUGGUGGUUACGGCCAGAUCCCUCCACCUGGACCCCCAUCUUAUGGAGGGACUGGUGUCAAUUAUCCACCACCUCCAAACCCAUAUGGUGGAAACAGUAAUUAUGGAAUGGAAGCAGUUCCUCCUCCUACCAGCUACACUGGUGGUCCCAAUUCAUAUCCCCCAUCCUAUGGUGCCCCACCUCCUAGUAGUUAUGGCAGAGAUGGCCCAGGGGAUGCACGAGGGAGUGGUCGAGGAGGACCACAAGGUGGGUAUGAUGGUGGUGGUAGUCGAAACACUGCAGGUGGUUAUGGUGGUGCUCAAGCCGAGCCUCAGGUGAAGGUGAAGCAAUGUGAUGAGAAUUGUGGUGAGUCUUGUGACAAUGCAAGAAUUUACAUUUCAAAUUUGCCUCCAGACGUUACAUCAGAAGAAUUGAGAGAGCUUUUUGGAGGGAUUGGUCAGGUUGGAAGACUCAAGCAGAAGCGAGGUUACAAGGACCAAUGGCCCUGGAAUAUAAAGAUAUACACAGAUGAUGAUGGAAAUAACAAAGGAGAUGCAUGUCUGGCUUAUGAAGAUCCCUCUGCUGCACAUUCAGCCGGGGGGUUCUACAACAACUUUGAUUUGCGGGGUUAUAAAAUCAGUGUUACUAUGGCUGAGAAGUCUGCACCUAGGCCUUUGCCAACAUAUGGUAAUAGGGGUGGUAGAGGUGGCUAUGGUGGUGGUGGUGGUGGUGGUGGUGGUGGUGACAGACGAAGGGACAAUUACAGAGACGGAGGAGGCUCUGGCCCGGAUAGAAACCAACGUGGUGGGAACCGUUCACGCCCAUACUGAUAAAACUGUGGCGCUGACUUUUAUUGUAUUAAGAAGUGAUAUCUGGGGGAAUUCUAAUCUGUUCCUGUUCGCGGGUUAUUUUCAAACAGGAAACAUGAGAGGUAGGUUGUUCGCUUCUCUUAAGCAAAACACCUUCCUUUCUCUUCCCAUGUCAAUUUCUACAAGUUGGAGGGGUUUUUUUUUUCUUAAGCUUGAAAUUAAUUUGAACCAUGUGAAUGUUUUUUUAGAGGCCAGUGGAUAAUCUCCAAAUUGCUGCUUAAGGUAGGUUGAAAUUUUCAGGUGA